UGUACCUCUUAGGGUUACCUGGGCUAUCCCUGCCCACUUCUAAUAGCUAACCUUAGGGUGUUACGUAAUUCCACCUUGACUCAUUUGGAAUCGCAAUCCUCUUCAAUUCCUUCAACCCCUUCAACUUGAUUCAAAUAGUUUCACUUUCCACUCACCGAUAAGCAUUUCUCUUCUUUUCGCUAGCAGUCGAGACAGGUUCUUCACAACCCUCAACUGUUAUGCCGAAGAAAAGACAUAAUAAUCAAUAUUCCAAACCCCCUUCAGUAGCUCCCCCGUCUCUAAGCUUGUCCUCUUCAUCGAGGGCAUCCGAACAGAAUGAGCGCUCAGUCAACCAGAUCCUAGCAGAUCUGCGACGGACUGCCCCGAGGCCAACCGGUGUUUCUCAAAACAAUGUUGCCAUUGCCACUCCCACCGUCCACCCUUCAAUCCGCGACAUUCUUCAGAUCCCCGAGGUACCCGCUCCAAGACCCCGAAGGCCUCAACGCCGGGAUGCCAAUGGCCGACGAAUACCACCGGGUCCUCCACCACCACGGAGUUGGACAUCACUAUCCCAGUCGCAACCGACUUUCCGAGACUUCAAAACGGACAAAAAACGGCAGAGACAGCACUGGCCUUUACCGGGUGCUUAUGCGCCCAAGCCGGGCAGUCUCGUGGGCGAGGUGCUCGGAAGAAUUGUAAUGGACUGGGAUCAACAACGACAUUGGAACCAGUUCUACUUUUAUACACUACCAAGCCAUCUCAGGACAGCGCUACUUGGCUAUAUUUUGGAUUUUUAUGAGCCCGGACUUUCCGUCGCGGAUUUGCGACUGGUUCUUACUGGGCCAGCGGAUAGUGAGUUUGAAGAGUAUGACGUAGAGAAGCCCGAUCUAGACCUGAUGAACUCGGACAUAAGCUGCCUAGACUUGAGCUUUUCCGUCGGAAAGUCUCUUAAGUUAAAGAAAUUGACCGAGUUUCUCUUUCCUCCCGAUGCUACAAUCGAGUCUCAUGUACAAGAGUCUUGGGACACAUCGGAGCCCGUUUUUGGGCCGACUAAACUCCUACCAAAUUUAACACAACUCUCGCUAGCGAUCGAACCCGGAACUUGGUGUGCCGUUUCUUGGAAACAACUUCUCACCUUGGCUAACAAGUUGCCCACUCUUACGCACCUUAACUUGUCCGGCUGGCCCCAGCCUUCUCUGACAGGUAGUAUCAGAGAGCCAGGUUCCCGAACAACUGUCGAGGAUAAUAAUAGCUAUGAUUGGUCGGAGGCGAUCAUGGUGCUGAAGCGUUUAAGCAAAGCGCUAUAUAGCCUGGAGUACCUAGAUUUGACUGGCUGUGUGAAUUGGGCCCCAGCGCUGAAGGCAGAGUCCGACGGGGAGUUUGUUGACUGGGUGCGCGAUUGGGGAAAGAUUACGAUGUUAAGGCUUCGCUCAAGCUACGCGCUUUCGGAUGAGCACACCGAUGGCAAUGUCUUUCAGUUUGCGGACUGGAUUGACAUUGCAACAGCUGUUGAGAAACACAUUAUAGCACAGAGGGCCGGAAGGGGACGUUGGAUAACGGUGGAGAAGGAGACCCUGACGGAGAGCGCGAAGGCGGUUUUGGAAGGCCCGCCGCCAUCGUACCUUAGUAUCAGGGUGCACUAAGCGCACCAUGGUAUACUAUAAAAAGCGAUGAGUUGUCUUAGGAUACCUCUAAUGGGCUUUCCCUUGGUACCGAGGUAUCUACUAUCUCAAGACUCAGAUUGGAUGGUUAGGUACCCAGGGAGAUGGGUUGAUAGUCUCAUGUGCACCGCACAAACAAAUCUUACAUAGUUAGUUAGAUACCUACAUAUUACUUCCUUCAGUUCAAAUGUUAGACUACCCUGUUUCAUGCAAUUCCAAGCCUGGGUGUCCAUAGGUCUAGGCUCUUUGGAACAUUCUGAGUCAUCCAUAGG